GCUUAAGAAAGUUCAUUUCUGGCCGUUUUGUAUAUUUGUUGAACCUAAACUGGGUUCUGAAACAACUGAUGUGUCACUUACAUCUGAGCAAUCCCAUGGAUGUCCAGAAGCGUCUCAUCAUCAACUGCAAACGUUGAGAUAUUGACUCACCCUUACUUCCAAGAUGACAUUACUGAGACACAGAGUCCGCUAUCCCUCCUCAUAGGAUCUUGACAUGAGACGGCCCCAAUCCUCAAACUUAUUCAUCUUGAAUAUUCUGUCACUCUGGAAGUAAGCGCAAAGGUUCUUUCAGGACCAGUGCAUUGAGGGCUUUAUUUAAGUUUAAAAAAGUUUUAGCUGUUGCUGUACAACUGGUUGUUCUCUUGAAUCAUAAAUUUAGCGGACCCACGCUCAUUCAGGAGUUCAGUAACAUCUAGAUUUGAAACCAAUAGUUUUGGUAAUAGCUAGAAAUGUUGCAAAUCGUGAGACAAAUAUCACAGUAAUUGUUGCAGUACAUAAUUGUACUUUUUGGAUAAAGAAUUAAUAUUUUAUGAAAAAAUUUAAAUAAAACCUGUAAAUGUUGUACACACGUGCCUUUUAUUUUAAUUUUUAAUAUAUUAUAAUGGAUAUACUUAAAUAAAAAUAAAACUGAAAAAAUAAAUAACUUUUACAUUACUUGUUAAAAAAUACACCUAAUUCUGUCAUAGGUACAGUAUCCUCCUCUUUCACUUUCCUUUCUCUUUCAGUAUAUUAUUAAAUUUACGUAAUACAAUAAAAUCUCUAAAUAUUAGUGUUUAUUUCAAAUUACAAUGAAUGAAAGGUCAAGAUAUUUACUUUAAAUAAAGUAAGUUAAUUCUACUUGAUUUUUUAUAGGCAGCAAACUUGUUUAUGUUAGGAAUGUUAAUAACAGGAAUGUGUAAUUUAUUCUAAAGUAAUUUGUGAUAAAAAUAAUUUUAAGCAAUUGAAUACUUAACAUAUAUUGAAAGUGAAAACCAAAUUGGUGUUUGAUAGUGAAAAGUCUAGUCAGUCAUGCUUUUGCGAUUUCUCCGGCGUUAUGAUGGUGAAAUCUCCUAGUGCAAAGCACACGGAGAAACGAGCAAAUAGCAUGUGUCAAGUGUAGUGUGGUAAGUGAGUGCCAGUGCCACAGUGAGUGUGAAGUGGUUAGUGCUUCAGUAGUACGGCAACCGGCGUAUCCUGAGCUCCUCUUGAGCCAUCGUUCUGGGCUGAGCUGAGGUGGAGUCGAGUGGCAAGGAACGGAGAUGGCGGCACUGCGGGAGACAGAAGACAGGCUGAGACAGCAACAUGCGGACCUGCUGCUGCGGGAGAAAGUGUUGGUCAGACGGUUGGCAGCCAAGGAGCAGGAGAUGCAGGAAUAUGCGGGCCAGUUGUCUGAAUUGAAGGCCAGGGAGGCUCCGGGAGUAUCGGCACUCAGAUCUGCACUGUUGGACCCGGCAGUCAACUUGCUACUGCAGAAGCUAAGGCAGGAGUUGGCAGCCACUCGCACUCGUGUGGAGGAGACCCAGAACGAACUCAGUGCCUGGAAGUUCACCCCCGACAGCAACACAGGCAAGCGGCUGAUGGCCAAGUGUCGUCUGUUGUACCAGGAGAAUGAGGAGCUCGGCCGCGUGAUUGCUAGUGGCCGUGUGGCCAAGCUGGAGGGAGAACUGGCUCUACAGAAGAGCUUCAGUGAAGAAGUCAAGAAGUCUCAGUCAGAGUUGGACGAGUUUCUGCAAGACCUGGAUGAGGAUGUGGAGGGAAUGCAGAGCACCAUUUACUACUUGCAGCAGGAGCUGCGCAAGGCCAAGGACACUUUGGCUGCGUACGAGCAGGAGCGUAAAGCUGGGACAGCCAACGGCAAGUCAGCAUGUAAUGGUGAUUCGGGCAGUGAGACACAUGCGUCGCCACCGCCACCACCACCGCGUAGACGGACCAGUAGUGAGGACAGUGACGAUUUGCCCCUCAUCAAGAAAGUGCGGAGGGACUCUGAGUUAUCGGUUCAUUACAGUGACGAGGAAGUUGGUGGUGGCUUGACUAACGGUGAAUCUUCUGCUAAGUAAUGAUAAGUUAGAUUAAUUUUUAAUUUAAUUCAACGUAUUGAAUUUUUAUUAUUUUAUAACUUUAACUCCGUAAUCGAUCAUGUAAUAUCUAUUGUACAUACAAAAGCAGUUUGUAUAUUUUGUAAAUAACGUUAUUCUUCAGAAUCAAAAGUGUGCAAAUUAAUAUCACCCAAUUUGCAAAUAUAUAUGUACAUAUCUGUUGA